GCACCAAGAUCGGACAAGUUGGGCGAGGACUUGUGUCUGGCGAUCAGGUUUUCGGAAGGUGCAGCGUUCCUUCGAUUUUCAAGGUAAACGUUAACACUCCGAGCUCAGCCGGUCUUUCUUUUCCUUGUCCCUCUUCCCCUCCUCCGCACUUCCUUAUCUCUCAAAAUCGAUUGAGGUCAUUGAUUGGACCCUUUCGCGACUCGAUACCUAAUAUCGCGUGCGCUGCGCAUACCUAAGCGCUGACCAGUCCAAAUACGCAACAUGGGUCUUAUCGGAAAGACGUCGCAUGUCGACUCUUCGGCAGAGCAGACUCGUGACUCGACCGACGCGGAGCAUAAGAGUGCUGGCGACCACAUCAAGCAUCCUUUCUCGGACCUGAGACAGAAGCUGAAGGAGACAUCUCUCUACGACAUCAAGGUCAAGGCCGUCCACGCGAAGCACAAGAUUGGCAAGUGGCAGAACCUGAUCAACCCAAACCAUCGUCAUGACGAAGAGCACGAGAAGGCUACCGACGAGAAGAGAACAAAAAUCGGCGAAGGCCAUCGCUUCCAAAGUUUCGCGCCGGAAAGAGAUGGAAACAAAAUCAAGUGGUACAUUGACGGCCGCGACUACUUCCACGCCGUGUCGGUCGCACUUGAAAGAGCAAAGGAGACAAUCUACAUCGAGGAUUGGUGGCUGUCGCCCGAACUCUUCCUGCGCAGACCUCCAUUCACCACUCAAGAUUGGCGUCUGGAUCACAUCCUGAAGCGUGCAGCUGAACGCGGCGUCCAAAUCUACAUUGUCGUCUACAAGGAAGUCAACCAAGCCUUGACCUGCAACUCUGCCCACACCAAGCGUGCCCUUCGUGCUCUCUGCCCCGAGGGAACUCCUGGCCAUGGCAACAUCCAUGUCAUGCGUCACCCCGACCACAACGUCUUCGAAAACGCCGGAGACAUGACCUUCUACUGGGCCCAUCACGAAAAGUUCAUCGUCAUCGACUUCGAUCUGGCCUUCAUCGGCGGCCUUGACCUUUGUUUCGGUCGCUGGGACCAGAUGCAGCAUCCCCUAGCCGAUGCUCAUCCUUCGGGUGUCGAGAACGAAGUUUUCCCUGGACAAGAUUUCAAUAACAAUCGUAUUAUGGACUUCCAGGAUGUCAAAGAUUGGAAAAGUAAUGAGUUGAGCAAGGCCGAUUAUGGACGUAUGCCCUGGCACGAUGUGGCUAUGGGUGUUAUCGGUCCUUGUGUCUACGAUAUCGCCGAGCACUUCCAGUUGCGCUGGAACUUUGUCAAGCGUGACAAGUACAAGCGUGAUGACCGUUUCGACUGGCUCACUCUGGAGGGCCGUGAGGGUGAAGAUGAGGAUCUGAUUGCAGUCCAAAGGCCUAAGCAUCCUGUUGGAGAGUACAUUCACCACCCCAUCUCGCCCAUGAACGUCAAGACUGGCAGACCGGAUCCUUCAAACGUCCAAGGCAGUGUCCAUGCGCAGAUUGUGCGAAGCAGCGCAGAUUGGUCCAGUGGUAUCCUGACCGAGCACAGUAUCCAGAACGCAUACUGUGAGAUCAUCAGAAAUGCCCAGCACUUUGUCUACAUUGAGAACCAGUUCUUCAUCACUUCCACUGGAGAGGAGCAAGCACCCAUCCACAAUCUGAUCGGUAGAGCCAUCGUCGACGCUUGUGUUAGAGCUGGCAAGGAAGGUCGCAAGUUCAGAGUCAUCAUCGUUAUUCCGGCUAUUCCUGGAUUCGCUGGUGACCUGAGAGAUAAUGCCGCCGCCGGUACUAGAGCAAUCAUGGACUACCAAUACAAGUCGAUCAACAGAGGAGAACAUUCCAUCUUCGGCCAGAUCAGAAAGGAGGGUAUCGAUCCCGAGAAGCACGUCUUCGUAUUCAACCUUCGCUCAUACGAUCGACUCAACAAGACACCAGCAAUGAAGAAGAUGGAAGAAGAGUCCGGUGUUACUUACCAAGAAGUCCAGCGUGCCCAGGCCGAGGAGAUCAUGUCCUCCGGUGUGCACGGUGGUGCAGAAUCGUCUUCUUCCGACGAGGGCGAAUCCGAGGAUGAUGAGAAGGAGCACUACAAGGAUCGUAAGCGCAAGUUCGAAGCCCGUAGAGCGGCUGCCGGACUCAACAAGGAUGAAGUCAUCAGUGCAGACAGUGUGGCUAAGAGCGCCAUGUUGGGCGAAAAGAAGGUUAGCGAGGAGCCAUGGGACGAGAAUGCCGCCGAACAAGAGAAGGAAAACUGGGUUCAGGAGGAACUUUACGUUCAUGGAAAGACUUGCAUUGUCGAUGACAGAAUUGCCAUCUGCGGAAGCAGUAACAUCAACGAUCGAUCUCAAUUGGGCUACCACGACUCGGAACUGACCAUUAUCAUGGAGGAUACUAAUGCACUUCCUUCGAUGAUGGACGGCCAUGAAUACCAAGCUGGUCAUCACGCUGCUACCCUUCGUCGUAUGCUUUGGCGUGAACACUUAGGUUUGUUGCCUGCUCAGCCUUUGGACGCAAGCGAGGACCCUAACGCACAGCCCCCGGACGUCUGCCCUAACCACUGGUACGAGGGUGACGAAUGGGACAAGCUUGUUACUGACCCCUUGUGCGACGAGGUUUGGAAUAUGUGGACCGAGCGAGCUACUGUCAACACAGAGGUCUUCCGUCAUCUGUUCCACGCAGAUCCCGAUGACAACAUUCGCACCUUUGAAGACUACCAGAACUUCUUGCCCAGGGGAGACAUGAAACAGGGCCAUCUGUACAACAAGUACCAACCCGAGGCUGACGUAAAAAGUAACCUGGACAAGAUUAAGGGACAUCUUGUGUGGAUGCCGCUUCACUUCCUCGAAAACGCAGAGAUGGCUGAGAAGGGCUUGGCAGUCAACUACUACACUGAGAGUAUCUACACCUAAACAUGUUGAUACGACGGGACGAGCUGGGAUCACGAUAUCGGUUUUUGGGACGAGGGUGUUCAUGGGAAGUGUGGCAUACCCUUCUCAGUGACAGGC